AUGGUGUUUUCUUCUGUCCACGAAGUUGACCCUUGGAAUAGUUGCCUGAACACUCCUUUGCAAGAAGAGGAUAAAGAAAUCUAUGAUAUAAUUCAAAAGGAAAAGUACAGGCAGUUUUCCGGUUUAGAACUCAUCGCCUCGGAGAAUUUUACUUCUCUCGCGGUGAUGGAGGCGAACGGGUCGCCACUAACAAAUAAAUAUUCCGAAGGUCUCCCAGGCGCCCGUUAUUACGGAGGCAAUGAAUAUAUCGAUCAAGUCGAAAAUCUGUGUCGUCAGAGGGCUUUACAAGCGUUUCAUCUGAAUCCCGAAGAAUGGGGAGUCAAUGUUCAAUCCUAUUCCGGAAGUACGGCUAAUUUCUCCGCGUUAACGGCUUUAAUUCACCCUCACGAUCGUUUGAUGGGGUUGGAUUUACCAUCGGGCGGGCACCUCACACAUGGAUGGCAAACUUCAAAGAAAAAAAUAUCGACUUCUUCGAUAUACUUUGAAUCCAUGCCAUAUCAAGUUAACAAGGAGACAGGAAUUGUUGAUUAUGAUCAGCUCGAAAAAAAUGCCAGCAUUUUUCGCCCUAAAUUAAUCAUUUGCGGAGGAAGUGCGUACGUACAAGAUUGGGAUUACGCUAGACUGAGAAAGAUUGCAGAUCAACACGGGGCGUAUCUGUUAGCUGAUAUUGCACACAUUAGCGGUCUCGUCGCCAGUAGUGAAGCAAAUAAUCCUUUCGAACUGUGUGAUGUGGUUACCACCACAACUCACAAGACACUCAGAGGUCCGCGUGCCGGAUUAAUCUUUUUCAGAAGAAAGAGGGAUGACGAUCUGGAGAAUCGAGUGAACAAUGCAGUUUUUCCGUCUUGUCAAGGAGGGCCUCACAAUAACACCAUCGCUGCUAUCGCCGUGUGUUUAAAGCAAGUGGCCACCCCUGAAUUCCGACAGUAUGCAAAACAAGUCAGGGCCAAUGCCAAAGCUUUAGCUAAUGCUCUCAUUGAACGUGGUUACAAAUUAGUCACUGAUGGGACUGCAAAUCAUAUGAUUCUUUGGGACUUGAAGCCUCUCAAGUUAACUGGUAGUAAAGUCGAAAAAAUCUGUGAUAUGGUCAACAUUACGAUUAAUAAAAAUUCCAUUCACGGCGAUGUCAAUAUGGUUUCCCCGGGUGGUGUUCGUAUUGGAACCCCUGCGUUAACAUCGCGAAGUUUCAAGGAAGAAGAUUUUCUCAAGGUUUCCGAAUUCUUACAUCGUGCAGUCCAAAUCGCUCUUAGGGUGCAGGAAAAGGCUGGUAGUAAAAUGAUGAAAGACUUCGUAAUGGCAUGCCAGGACGUUGAAGAGAUUUCAACUCUAAAAAAUGAAGUAGAAAUUUUCGCCACCGGAUUCCCUAUGCCAGGUUUUGACCCUAGUAAUAUUACACCCACAGAGGCAUGA